CCCAGGGGGAUUGUUAGCUAGCUGCAGGCUGUUAUAAAGCUCGUCAGACCACCCGCCACUUUGAUUUUCUUCACUUUAACUAUAUGAUAUUAUCCACAUAAGCAGUAUGCACUGGGAGAAAUCGCCACCAUCAGCCCUGGCCAGGUCCAGACCGUACCAAGGUGUUCGAGUCAGAGACCCGGUCAAAGAGCUGCUGAGGAGAAAGAGGAGUCUGGAGCCACACAGCACCAAGGCAGCGCCCCCUACUGCAGAUUUGGUCACAAGCAACAACCAGUCAUCAUACACACAAGGCAUGUUUGGCUCUGACGUUGCCAGCGGCUCCCCAGCUGAGCCGCCGACUGCAGUCGCUGAUGGAGGGCUGCAGUGUGCAGGAUGGAGAGCUGCACCACCUGUCAGCAGCGCCUGCCUGCAGCCUGCUGUAACAUCCUGGUCGUCAUCUGAGUACAACCAGCAGGACCCUUCAGCUCAGACUCUGGCCUACCCAGCAACCCCCACCCUCACUGCAGAUGUGUACAUGCAGACUCUGUGUCCCAGCUACACCAUGCUGACCUACACACACACACCAUUGCUCACUAACUUUGGGACCAUACCUGUGGCCUCCGCACCCGGCUCCCUCCCUCAAAUGGAUCUCCCAGACUCAGGGUUGACCUACCUCCCCUGGGCCCAGCCCAUCACCACCAUAUCUACCAUGCCGAACCCGGGGGUCCAGUUUGCCCCUGGCUCUGCAGCCCUCCCAACUUCACCUCUGGUCCACAUGCCCCUGUCCAUGUCUUUGACCACCAUGAUUCCUCAGCUGGAUGCUCAGGGUGUAGAUCAUCCUCAUCCACACAUACUGGACCUCCCGCAGCGUUCAGAACACCAGCUGGACCCUGAGCCACAGGGCCAGUCUCUGGAUGAAGAUCCAGGAAUAGAGUCGGACUCACCGAACCUCCUGGAUAAACUUCUGGAGGAUCAAAAGGGUGACGGCGGAGAGGAGGGCAAAGACUCGUACAGCAGCUCACUCUUUAUUCCGAGUGUCUAAAAAUAUGAGUGUUCGUGUGUUUGUAGAGAGCAGCUUUUCUUUCUGUUUGCUUCUGAGGAGCCGUCAUUAAAGGAUCAUUUGGGUUUAUUACAACUUUAGGCUUCAUUUUGUAGCUGUGGCUAUAAUUUACAUUUACUAUGACAGCACUAUACUCACUGGAGUAACUGUAGAGAUUGUUGCUGAAAAAAAUUCUUGGAGAAAUUAUGCAAGUCUCACCAAAUCCUACAGGCCCCUCAAGCCCCAAGAUUGUCUGUUUGACUAUUACUUUGUAAAAAUUAGUUUAUGCACCACUAAAGCCAAAUGAAAGGGGAAAACUCAGAUUGUGUCAAACUAAUGAAGCCUUUUGGUGUUGUAAGACUGUUUUUAAAUACGUGUGUAAGAUAUGAAUGCUUUUCUUAAAGUAUGAUUGAUUUAUUUUCAUGUUAGAGGCUUUGUGCAGCAAAAUCUGUCACUGAAAAACAGUAAAAACAUGCUACUGUCCCAGUCA